AACAUCCCACGGGCCGGCCGCGGGGCCAGCAGCGCCGUGCCGUGCCGAGCUCCGAGCCGGGCCAGCAGCGCCGUGCCGUGCCGUGCCGAGUUCCGAGCCGGGCCAGCAGCGUGUCCCCAGCGCCGUGCCUGGCCAGCAGCGUGUCCCCAGCGCCGUGCCGGGCCAGCAGCGUGUCCCCAGCGCGGUGCCCGUCCCCAGGAUGCUGCGGCUGCUGCUGCUGCUCGGCGGGGUCCUGGGCUGCGCAGCGGAGCCGGCGGCUCCGCUCGCCUUCACCAUGCUCCAGCUGACCCGCGUCUAUAAGGGUAAUUCCAUGUUCCGGGGGAACGCCAGUCUGAAUGGGCAGCUCAGCCAUCUCCUGGAAGGGAAUAAUGUCACCCAGGUGCUCCCGCUGGAGCCUCCGGACGCCUGGGCCCGGCGGCAGAACGAGGUGAUGGACUACCUGCAGAGCUUCAGGCAGCUGGUGAUACUCUUCAACAAGGAGAGACCCACCGAUUUCACCCAUCACCUGUGCUGCCACCUGGGCUGCCGCCUCUACCCCAACGGCACAGCGCAGAGCUUCUACGAGGUGACCCUCAACAGGACGGCGUUCCUCAGCUUCCACGUCCCCAGCGCCACCUGGGAGCGGCGCUGGCCCGGAGAGCUCCCGGUGGCCUCCUUCGCCCAGCAGGAGCUGAUGAAAUACUCCAAAACCACCCAGGACCUGCAGUAUUUCCUCAACACCACCUGUGUCAGCAUCCUGGAGGCUCAGAGUGCCAGGACAGGAAGGGUCAGCGGCCGAUCGCGCACCCCGCUGGUACUGGGGCUGGUCCUGGGCAGCCUCAGCCUGCUGGGCAUGGCCCUGGGCAUCUUCCUCUGCACGGGAGGGAGCUGCUAGCGUGGGCAGCUGUCCCAUGUCACCCCAUGGACACAGGGGACGGACCUGGCAUCUCCCCGUGCAGCCAUCACCACCCUGUGGAGUCAGGGAUGGAUCCAUCAUCUUCCCAAGGAUCCAGCAACUCUCUGUGGAUCCAUCACCACCCCGUGGAGGCAGGGGACAGACCCAUCAUUUCCCUGUGGAGUCAGGGAUGGAUCCAUCAUCUUCCCAAGGAUCCAGCAACUCUCUGUGGAUCCAUCACCACCCCGUGGAGGCAGGGGACAGACCCAUCAUUUCCCUGUGGAGUCAGGGAUGGAUCCAUCAUCUUCCCAAGGAUCCAGCAACUCUCCGUGGAUCCAUCAUCACCCUGGGGAGGCAGGGGCUGGUUCCAUCAUCCCUGCACGGAGCCAGAGGCUGGUUCCAGCAUCCCUGCACAGAGACAGAGGAUGGAUCCAUCAUCCCUGCACAGAGACAGAGGAUGGAUCCAUCAUCCCUGCAUGGAGACAGAGGAUGGAUCCAUCAUGCCUGCAUGGAAACAGAGGAUGGAUCCAUCAUCCCUCCGUGGAGGCAGGGACCGAGCCCAUCCCUCACAAGGGAUGCGUGUCCUCAGUGCCACAGGCUUUGCUCCUCAAGGACACAAGUGGCUUCCCAGUCCUGUCCCAGCUGGACUGACCCCUCCAGCAGCCCCCAGCCCUGUGGACGGUCCUCACGCCAGGCAAUGCACUAAGACUCCACACAGAAACACUGGGCAUGCAUGGAAGAAUGGGGGGGAGAGGCGUGGGGGGAAAGCAGCAGAAGAAACAGUCAUGGAACUGUUAAAAGGAUGGUGUUAAACCCUCAUUCAUCCCUGCUCCACUGGGGAUGGAGGGAGGAUGUCACACCUUGGGUAAUAAAACCAUCCAUCAGCUCCCACCA